AUGUUCUCAGACAUCAGUCUCAAGGGCGCUCUCCUCAGCGUCUGCCUCGCUGCAGGUGCCAUUGCCACCCCUAUCGAGAAGCGUGCUGCUUGCUCUAAAUACACCAUCAUCUCCACCCGCGGAACCGGCGAACUGCAAGGCCCCUCUGCAGGUUUCUUGACCAUGAACCAAAAGACUCUUGCUCAGGUGCCCGGCGGUACCGUUUACAACACCGUCUACCUCGCCGCCGCAGACCAGAACUCUGCUCUUGGUACUGCAGACAUUGUCAACAAAGUCAAGUCUUCCCUCGCCUCCAACCCAGACAUGUGCUUUAUCCUCCAAGGCUACUCCCAAGGCGCCGCCGCCACCGUCAACGCCAUGCCCAAACUCACCGGCGCCUCCAUGGAUGCCGUCAAGGGCGUUUUCCUCAUCGGCGACCCCGAGCACCGCAGUGGCCUUGCUUGCAACGUCGACGCCAACGGAGGCACCACUACCAAGAAUGUCAAUGGGCUUUCUGCCCUGCUAGGAGGUAUUCCCUCUGCAUGGGUCGAGAAGACGAUGGAUGUUUGCGCCUUCGGAGAUGGUGUUUGUGAUACUACUCAUGGGCUUGGCAUCAACGCUCAACAUCUUUCUUAUCCUUACUCCAGCAGUGUGCAGAGUAUGGGUCAGAAGUAUAUGGUUGAGAAGCUUACUGGUUCUUCCUAG